AUGGAUCAGGACCCGGUCCGGUCCAGAUCAGCAUCUGAAUUUGACCGAAUGCCUCCUAUACACAAAAUAGAUAAUUACGACUCAUGCUUCCAAGAACCAAGCGAUGUGUACUGUAAAUUGAUUUUCCAACUGGUGUCAGAUGAACCAAGCGAACUUCUUUCCAUGAUACAGUUAUACAGCAGUCCAUUCUACCAGUUAAUAAUCAACGGAACGAUCAUGAUGCAAUCGUUUUUCGUCAUGGCUGGAUUCCAGCUGGCGUACCAAUUAUGCGUUAUUUCGAAGCAUUACCCACUCGACUGGAGUAUUGUCCCUAAGAUAAUAUGUAAAAGAUUACUCAGGUCUAUUGCCGCAGAUAUGCAGUUGUAUGUAUUCGGUGUAAUAUUAAUGAUUUUACUCAGAGACAGUAGAUUCAGGAAACCUAUUCUGACGUCUCUUGUUGUCCUCGGUAGUGUAAUAGUCGCAAUACAUACUGAAACUGGUCAUUUCUUUGCGACAGAUCGGUCAUAUAACGAGAUUUAUAGAGUGGGACAUGGACACGUGAGUGGCUACGUCAUAGGGAUGUCACUUGGCUACUACAUUUACGAAUGGCAGCAGAAGAAGAACGAUCACAGGAAAUACUCACACAAACUGAAGUUCCUGUACUGGUCUAUUGUACCGAUGAUAGCUGCCGUUGUGCUGUUUGGAGCGGUUUUCUAUAGAGAUGCUCCGAGAGAUCCGGCGUAUGUUCGAGCAAUAUGUGCCGCUUUAAAUAAGCCUAUACUUGCAGGAUUAAUAGCGUUGUUCAUCGCUGGACUUUUUAUGAAAGUAGAGAAUGUAUAUCGUAGAUUUUUCGAGUUGGAUGUAUGGGUGAUCCCAAGUAAAUUGAUCUACAGCGCGUACUUGCUACACUUUCCCCUUUUUUACAUUUUCAUAAACAUGCAGACUGAUUUAAUCCGUAUCACGUACUUGGAUUUGACCGCAAUAGCUAUUGUUGUUACAAUAAUAUCGUUCGUAUUAGCGAUUCCGUUGUACCUUUUCGUCGAAGCUCCGUUCUCAUCGAUCUUAAAUGGCAGCAAACUACAACAAAAGGAAACGGCAACUAAACAAAAUGGAAGCAACGGUAUAACUAAAAAGAAGAAAUGACAUAAGAUAUUACAAUUAACAAAAUGUAAUAAAAAUUGAUGAUAAAAAAGC